UUACUGUUGACGCCACCCGCCAAAAAACCGAGGAAGAAGAAAUAAGCAGUUUCAAAACACUCGCGCCGCUGACAGACGUCACCGAUACUUGUAAUUAAGAUUUGACAUAGCCUAUGAACUACAAUAAACCCGUAUAGCACUGUACUAUUAAUCGCUCAUGUAGCAUUUGGAUUUAGGUCCGUUUGCAAAACUAGAGCACAUUUUUAUCGUAGUGGAGCCUACUCGGGAGGACAAAGUGGCACAGUGAAGGUUCGUGUUUGUGUUUUAAUCGCAGCCAUGCAGUCAUCAAACAAAUCAACAAACAUCAAUCCCCGCACUGCUGCUCUUCCUCACAACCCCUCCACCUCGCCACGAUACGCCUUCAUAGAUUUCCUGGAUGUGGGCGGCACAAUGACCAUAUCCCAAGAAAUAGCAAAUUUAACAGAGGAUUCAGGGCAGGACCUGCCAGAGGAGAAUGUUCAUAUUGGAUCAAUUCAAGGCACAGUUGUUGGUCUGCGCUACUACACUGGAACGGUCAAUAGAGGAGAGAUGGUGUCCUUGGUGAGGCAGCCGCAGAAUCCCUAUGACCGAAAUGCAGUGAUGGUGGCCAAUGUGUAUGGAAGUCAGGUGGGGCACAUCAAGAAAGAGCUGGCAGCCCCGAUGGCCUACAUUAUGGACAACAAUUUGGCCAGGGUGGAAGGGGUUGUGCCCUAUGGAGAGACAAAUAAAUUUUCAAUGCCUGUAAACCUCACCUUCUGGGGCAAAGAGGAGAACCGAGACGCUGUGCAUAAUCAGAUAAGACGCCAUGGUUUCAAACUUGGCACUGAGUUCAAAGGGUACACAACACAAACAUCUUUGGGUAGAGAUCUGCUUGGUUUGUCUUCAAAAAUGUCUGCCAUUCCUUUGACUGUAGAAGAGCUGAAGAAUGCCUUUGACAAGCUAUUUGAUGAUUUAAUGGAGGAUAAAACCAGAGAAAUGGAGCCAGCAGAGGCGGUGUGCACUUCCCUGCUCCCACAUCAAAAGCAGGCGCUCUCGUGGAUGACCUCUCGUGAGAACAGCAACGAUCUGCCCCCGUUCUGGGAGGAGAAGAGUGGCCUCUACUUUAACGUUCUCACUAACUUUGCUGUAAAGGAAAGGCCAGAGAAAGUGCUUGGUGGGAUUUUGGCUGAUGACAUGGGGCUGGGCAAAACCCUCACCACUAUUGCCUUGAUAGUCUCUAAUUUCCACAAUGGGAAACCUCUACCACUGGAACAAAGUGAAGGAUCAUCUUCAACUUGCAAAAUGAAAUCAACCUCAAAAGACCAUGAAGAAUCUUAUGAACCAGUCAGUUCAUCCCAUUUAAAAAGACUGCAUGCUGAUUGUGUCAGUGCUGACACCAUUGAGGAAGAUGUACCUCAGAAGAAAGCAAAAACCACAAAGAAAACUGUUAAAAAGCCUGCCAGCACCAAGAAAGGAGUGGUUUUGCUGGAUGAUGUGGACUUUGCUGCCGCUCUGGAGUGCAGUUCCUCACAGGUUGGGCCUGCAAAAAAGAGUGCGAAGAAGGGUUCUGGCACUGGUAAGGUCCCAUCUGGAGGCAGUGGGGGCUCAGGGGCCAGAGCCACUUUGAUUGUAUGUCCUCUGUCUGUCCUUAGCAACUGGCUGGACCAGUUUGAGCAACAUAUCCGAGCUGAUGUCACAUUAAAGGUGUAUCUGUACUAUGGUGCAGAGCGCUUCCGAUCUGUCAAACUUCUGUCUGAGCAAGAUGUGGUUCUCACAACAUACAAUGUGCUUUCAUCAGAUUUUGGGAACAAAGCCAACAGUCCUCUGCACAAAGUGAACUGGCUGAGAGUAGUGCUGGACGAGGGUCACGUCAUCAGAAACCCUAACGCUCUUCAGAGCAAAGCUGUACUGGAGCUGCAGUCAGAGCGCAGGUGGAUCCUGUCUGGAACCCCCAUUCAGAAUUCCUUGAAGGAUCUCUACAUGUUGAUGUCCUUCUUGAAGCUGAAGCCUUUCGAUGUGAAGGAGUGGUGGAGCAGAAUCAUUCAGAGACCUGUGACCAUGGGCGACAGAGUUGGGCUCAAGAACUUGCAAGUGCUGGUAAAGGGCAUCACAUUGAGGCGCACUAAGAACAGUAAAGUGGCUGGGCGCAUGUUGGUGCAGUUACCUGAACGGAGAGUGUUUGUGCAGCAUGUGACUCUCUCUGAGGAAGAGAGGGAGGAGUACGAACAGGUCAGGAAGGAGGGCAGGAAGGUCAUUGGCAGGUAUUUCGAAGAGGGAACCAUCAUGACAAACUAUGCUGAUGUGCUGGCCAUCCUGGUUCGUCUGAGGCAGUACUGCUGUCACCCCGGUCUUGUGGGCAAAUACACAGGGGCAGAUGAUCCUGGGACCCCUAGUGAGCUGCGGGAGCGUCUCAUCAAUAAGAUCACAUUGGUGCUGAACUCUGGCUCAGACGAGGAGUGCGCCAUCUGUCUAGACUCCCUUCGUCAGCCUGUCAUCACCUACUGCGCUCAUGUGUACUGCAGGCCCUGCAUCUGUGAGGUCAUCCGAUCGGAGAAGGAGCAGGCCAGAUGUCCCCUGUGUCGUGCUCAGAUCAAGACCAAAGAGCUGGUGGAGUAUCCUGGAGAAGAAAUGCAGGCUGGAGCAGCCACUGGGGAGAACUGGCGAUCAAGUUCCAAAGUGGAUGCUUUGAUGAGCAACCUGUUGAAGCUCCGCAAUGAAGACCCCACUGUGAAGAGUCUUGUGGUUUCUCAGUUUACCAGGUUUAUGGAUCUUAUAGAGGUUCCCUUGAGGGAAUAUGGAUUCUCUUUCACACGACUGGAUGGCUCUAUGGCUCAGAAGACCAGAGCAAAGGCCAUUCAGGAUUUUCAAGACUCCUCUCCAGGAAGUCCCACCAUCAUGUUACUGUCACUCAAAGCUGGAGGGGUUGGGAUUAAUCUGACCGCUGCUUCCCACGUCUUCAUGAUGGAUCCAGCCUGGAAUCCUGCAGCAGAAGAUCAGUGUGUUGACAGAUGUCAUAGACUGGGCCAGAGCAGAGAUGUGGUGAUCACUAAGUUUAUUGUGACAGACUCUGUGGAGGAGAACAUGGUGAAGAUUCAGAAGAAGAAGCAGGAGCUUGUGGACAAGGCUUUCGGAGUGAAAAAGCCACAGGACCUAAAACAGGCUCGGAUGGAGGAGAUCCGAGCCCUAAUGGAGAUUUAGAUUUAUUAAGAUAACUUUACUGCUGUCCGUUCAUUUCAGAGUAAUUGCUUUAUUAAAGACAGCACUUUUUUUUUUUUUUUUACUUUAUUACAAAUUACGUUUUUUUUUUUUUUU